AUGUGGGCGCGAUGGAGUUCUGGUUGCUUCUGUGAUUACGAGUACAGUGCUGUAUGUAUGGUAACAAGGUUUGAUUGCUUGCCCCCCCCCCCCUCGAGCCUAGAUAAAAAUACCCCUCUUCUGCCCCACCAAGCACUUCUUUCUUCUUUCCUUUCUUCCCUCCGCUUUUCCUUUCCCAAACACGCUGUACACCGCAUUAGCACUCUACCCCCAAAAGAAAAAAAGUCAAACAACCUCACUUCGAUCAAAAUGGUUAAGGCUGUCGCUGUCGUCCGUGGAGACUCUAACGUCUCGGGAACCGUUACUUUCUCCCAGGAGAACGAAUCCUCUCCCACCACCAUCUCCUACAACAUCACUGGCAACGACCCUAAUGCCCAGCGUGGCAUGCACAUCCACGAGUUCGGUGACAACACCAAUGGGUGUACUUCUGCGGGUGCUCAUUUCAACCCCUUUGGCAAGUCCCAUGGUGCUCCCUCUGAUGAGGAGAGGCACGUCGGGGACUUGGGCAACAUCCAGACCGAUGCUCAAGGCAAUGCUGAGGGAAGUGUGGAGGACAGUCUCAUCAAAUUGAUUGGCCCCGAGAGCAUUCUAGGACGCACCAUCGUUGUCCACGGUGGUACUGAUGAUCUCGGUAAGGGUGAUAAUGUUGAAUCCAAGAAGACCGGAAAUGCUGGUCCUCGCCCAGCUUGUGGUGUUAUCGGAAUCUCUGCUUAAGUUACAACAGAGAGAGAGAAAAAAGUUGGUUGAGCGGGUUGGAGCUUGAUGUUAGUUGAGCCGCCUCAGGCACUAGUUAGGGCUUUGACUUUUUAAUGAAAUAUCUUUAACCUCAUCGAAA